CGGCGACUGGAGGUGCAAAGCGCUUCGCGCCGCGCCCCAUAUCGCCGGAGCGUGGCUCGGGGCGUGGCGCUUACGUAAACACGCGCGAUACACAACUCGCGCUCCGGGCGGCGCGGUGCCGCGCCACUGUCCGUCCUAGAACGACCCCAUGUCGGCCCGCGCCGCCGUCUAAGUGUAUGUCGAUUGUUCAUCACACGCUGCCGCGCCACCGCCGCUGCCGCUGCCAUCAUUGCCGACUUACAAUCUUAUAGCAUCAAAAGCAGAGAUGCAGGCGCGCACAGCACUGAUAACGCUAGCAGCGUUGGGUGCGUUAGCGACAGCAUCGGCAGCGGCUGAGCGCGGCGGUGGCAUCAAGGUGGGCGGCGGAGCGAUGGGCGGCGCGGGCCGAGACGGCGUGCGUGGCAGCGGCGUGAGGUUGGGCCUCGGCGACGGCAUAAGACGCGCGCGUACCUCACCCGCCCCUCCACCACCACGGGCACCGUCGGUCAUCACCGCUGCCCUCGUCGUUCCACACAAAGCCUUUGGAACACGAGACUACACAAAAGCCGAGAAGGCUGCUCUGUCUAAACUGCCGCGUAAACUGAAACUCUUCUCACAAGUGCGUCUUAAUAUUACGCUUUCUACGCAAGGUUUGACGCCAAGUCCAAUGUCUAUUCUAGAUUCGUUAUGUAAAGAGUUUUUGGCAGUCAACGUUUCCGCAAUUCUCUAUCUUAUGAACCAUGAACAAUAUGGACGUUCCACUGCAUCUGCUCAGUAUUUUUUACAACUUGCAGGAUAUCUUGGAAUACCGGUUAUAGCAUGGAAUGCCGACAAUAGUGGGCUAGAGAAACGAGCAUCGCACGCGUCUCUUCGACUUCAACUAGCCCCGUCCAUUGAACAUCAAACAGCAGCUAUGUUAUCUAUAUUAGAGCGAUAUAAGUGGCACCAAUUUAGUGUCGUAACUUCAGCUAUUGCUGGACAUGAUGACUUUAUCCAAGCAGUGCGCGAAAGAGUGACUGCAUUACAGGAUCGCUUCAAGUUUACAAUAUUGAACGCCGUCGUGGUGAAACAAUCGUCUGAUCUUAAAGAGUUAGUAACCAGCGAAGCACGUGUAAUGUUACUUUACGCCACACGUGAAGAAGCAGCGGAUAUUUUGUCGACUGCAGGAGACCUCCAUCUUAUUGGAGAGAACUUUGUAUGGAUAGUUACACAGAGUGUUUUAGGUUCCUUGCAACAACCUAACAAGUUUCCGGUUGGAAUGUUGGGAGUCCAUUUUGAUACAUCGAGUUCAUCACUUAUCGCGGAGAUAGCAACAGCGGUGAAAGUGUUUGCGUAUGGAGUAGAAUCAUACAUUUCCGACGCUGAAAACAUACGCUACCCACUUGGCACACGACUAUCGUGCAGUGGUGCUGGAGCGGGCGAGGCGCGCUGGUCUACCGGAGAAAGGUUCUAUCAGCAUUUGCGUAACGUCAGCGUUGACGGUGAGGCAGGCAGACCGAACAUAGAAUUCACUCCUGAUGGCGAACUGAGGGCUGCGGAACUUAAAAUUAUGAAUCUGCGGCCUGCUAUAGGAGAACAGUUGGUGUGGGAAGAAAUUGGAACGUGGAAUUCAUAUCCAAAAGAACGUCUCAUUAUUAAGGAUAUUGUGUGGCCAGGUGGAUUACAUACACCCCCGCAAGGAGUUCCUGAAAAGUUUCAUAUGCGUAUCACAUUUCUUGAAGAACCACCUUAUAUUAAUCUUGCACCACCUGAUCCAAUAAGUGGACGAUGUUCUUUGGAUAGAGGUGUUAUCUGUCGCGUUGCACCUGAGAUUGAUGUGGCGGGGUUAGAAGCAGGCUCCGCGCACGGUAACAGUUCUCUAUAUCAGUGUUGCAGCGGAUUUUGCAUAGACUUAUUGCAACAGUUAGCAGAACAAUUGGGCUUUACGUAUGAACUUGUACGUGUAGAAGAUGGGCGCUGGGGAACCCUUCAUCAUGGCAAAUGGAAUGGCCUUAUAGCUGACCUCGUCAACAAGAAAACUGACAUGGUUUUAACAUCGUUGAUAAUAAACUCAGACCGUGAAGCAGUUGUGGAUUUCAGUGUACCGUUUAUGGAAACGGGAGUUGCAAUUGUGGUAGCAAAACGAACAGGAAUAAUUUCGCCAACGGCAUUCUUAGAGCCCUUUGACACCGCUUCUUGGAUGCUUGUUGGAGCAGUUGCAAUACAAGCAGCAACAUUCUCCAUAUUCUUUUUUGAGUGGCUAUCGCCAAGUGGUUUCGACUGUUCAACCGGCCUCAAUUCCAAGCGAGUGCCACAAAAUCGUUUUUCGUUGUGUAGAACGUAUUGGAUUGUAUGGGCAGUCCUCUUUCAGGCAUCAGUGCACGUGGAUUCUCCGCGGGGUUUCACAGCCAGAUUUAUGACGAAUAUGUGGGCUAUGUUUGCAGUCGUAUUUCUCGCUAUCUACACAGCCAAUCUUGCAGCGUUCAUGAUAACAAGAGAAGAAUUUCAUGAAUUAAGUGGUAUUGACGACCCACGGAUAUCGCGGCCUUUGUCGCACAGGCCUGCACUUAAAUUUGGAACAGUACCGUGGUCUCACACUGAUGCUACAUUAGCAAAAUAUUUUUCAGAACCACAUGCAUAUAUGGCACAAUAUAAUCGUAGUACUGUGAGUGCUGGUGUUACGAGUGUAUUGACUGGUGAACUAGAUGCCUUCAUUUACGAUGGCACUGUAUUAGACUAUUUAGUAUCACAAGACGAAGACUGCAGACUAUUGACUGUAGGGUCAUGGUAUGCAAUGUCAGGUUAUGGCUUAGCUUUUACUCGAAAUUCAAAAUACCUCAGUAUGUUCAACAAAAGAUUAUUGGAUCUACGUUCAAACGGUGAUCUAGAAAGAUUACGCAGGUAUUGGAUGACAGGAACGUGUAAGCCCAACAAGCAGGAGCACAAGUCAUCGGAUCCACUCGCGUUGGAGCAGUUUCUGUCUGCGUUCUUGCUGCUAAUGGCGGGUAUCCUGCUAGCUGCGUUGCUGCUCCUUCUAGAACACGUGUACUUUCGCUAUAUGCGGACACACCUAGCCGCCUCUAGUGCGGGCUCGUGCUGCGCUCUUGUGUCACUAUCCAUGGGACAAUCUUUGUCGUUCCACGGUGCAGUGGUGGAAGCAGCGUCACGAGGGUUUGGAGCCGGGGGUCGUGGACACUGUCGGUCCGCAGUUUGCGCUGCACAGGGGAGGCUGCGGGUCGCAAGUUGCGACCUACACAAGAGGGCGACCCUGCUUCUAAGGUGUGAGCGUGAUUCCAUCAGGACUCUUACCAUCGUCACGAAAGAUGCCGCUAGGCUCAAGGACCGCUGGCAACUUGACUGAAGAGCUCUGCGGAAGACGUCAUUGAUGCAGGCGUGGCGGGAACUUCGACCAAAGCUCAUUUGGCAUGAGAGUCCAUGGUGACCCAAGCGCUUGAGGUCUCUGCAAGGUGAGCCAACUCCACUACGCCCAAAGAAGGGCAUAGUAUUUUAUUAAAGAGCUCGGCUGUAGGUACCAUAUGCAGAAGACAAAAAAGCGGGAAGAGCAACAUGAGAAAUAUGACGAGUACUUAGAACUCCGAAACGAACAGGGCGAGAGGCCUGCUUCCAAGCGUUAUCGGAAAAUUAAUAAUUUAAUAUUUUGGAGAGUGUCUCUGAGCGAAUUGUCAAUAAUCGACAGUUGCCCUGGAAAAAGCCAAAAAUUAGUGCUUCCAAAAAACAUAUGAAUUUUGGGGCGAAAGCGCAAAAGGGUGAUUCCUGGGACCCGUGAUUUUAAGGGUCACAUUGAAAUAUUAACUGGAGUAAUAGACCAACUUGAAUAAAGUACCACUCCAAACUUUACUUAACUAUUGUAGUGUUGAGGCCCAUUGAUAAAAAAUAAUAUUUAAUUAAAGAAAUUGGUUAAAUAUCCAUUUGAAACUGAAAAACGCGGUAAUUUCAAGAGAUUUUUACGUGUCACACGCGCGACUCUUGCUAUGUUAUAGUGAAUAUUUUUUUUACGCUCAAGGUUAUAUAUGAAUGUAUACUUGUUUAAAU